AUGCGGCUGGCGGCAUCGUCUGUUGGCCCUGGGGAGCCGCCCCCAAGGCCGCUGCCCGACGCCCGCCCUCGAGUCCCAGAGCCCGGCCUCCGCCAGGGGCCGCCCGAGGCCUCGCGGCGUUCGGUUCCCCUGGCAACCGAGGGGCCGGCUGCGGGCGCGAUGGAGGCGCCCUGCCGGGGGGUCCCGACCCCGGACCCGGACCCGGCCCGGGCGGCGCUCGCGGCCCUAAGCCACCUGCACGGCGUGGAAAUACAACUGAAAAAUGAAGCGUAUGCAUUCAGUGAGGAAGCUGUGCAGCACCUUGAAGAUGCUGUUGAAGCUAUUAAGAAACUGGAAAAAUUAAGAAGACAUACCCUUGAACUUCUAGAAGAGGAGACUAUAAAAAAUAGUAAUCUCCGUUUAAAACUCCAGAAUCUUCCAGAAACGGUUACCAAGGAGUUGGAAGCUCUUGUUGCUGCGGCCCGUGAAUCCAGUACUGCUAAGAUAAAUCAAUUACAGACUGCACUGAAAAACAUCACGUGUGAAAUCGAAUCACUGAAUCAGGAACAAAUCCUUUGUGAAACACAGAAUGCUGCUAUGUGUAAGGAGCAAGAGUGGCUGUGGGUCCAGCAUGAAGAAGCUGUAGCCUUACUGAACCAGCAGAUGGCACAAAAAGCUAACACAAAUAUACUUUUAAAUGAGUUUUGCAACAAAAAAAGGGAUGCAGAACAAGAAAUAAUCAACCUAACGAAUGCUGUGCAAGAAGUGAAAGAUGUUCUAGCUAAAGAAAUAAAAAUAUUUAAUGAUGAAAAAGAAAUGUGGGCUAGAAAGAACGCAGAGAUGAAAACAAAACUUGAUCUUCAGAAGGCAAAAACUUCAGGAAAAGAGGAUGAAUUUGAAAAAUUGUCCAAAAAGCUAUCAGCUGUGCAGUCUGAGAUAGCUCAAAAUACAGCGACUAUUUUUAAUGAGAAAGUUCAGAUAGCACAACUGAAAGAAAGAACCGAACAACUAAUAAUGGAAUUAGAACUUAAAAUAACGGGAAAGCUGGAACUCUCCAAAAGGAAAUAUAGCCUCGAUUCUGACCUCCUCCUUUUGCAAUCAAAAAUUGCCCAAGAAAGAGAGAAUCUAAAUAUUGAUAUAGCAAAGGCUAAGGAAGAAUUAAGUACAGCUGAAGGCCUGAAUAGAAAACUUAAACAUGAAAAUAAAUUUAUAAGUAGCCAGUAUCGAAUAUUACUGGCGGAAGAGGAACACUUACAUGCAAAAAGGGACGAGGCAGCAACAGAACUUGAACGAUUAUCCAGUUGGCUGGAUGAAAGACUUGACAUUAUGUCAAAGCGUGUGGUGGAGGAGCAAAACUUGGAGGAUGAAGUUGAGAGACUCGAAGAUAUCUUUCAAAACACACAGGAUGCCUAUGCAAGAGAACUAGAGAAUCUAGAGCAAUGUUUAAAGAGAGAAAGUGAGAUGAGAGCUUUGCUUCAGUGGAAACAACUUCACCUAGCAAAGAAGAAGGAACUCUUGUGGGUAACAGAGGAGAAAUUCAUGAAUGAAAUGAAUGUAAGACUUGAGACUGGUAAAAAACGUCAUGCUGAGCUAAGUGGAGAGAAUGAGUAUUUCCGAAAAGAAAUUUUGCAGGCUGAGGAACAGGUCAAACACCUUAGUGAUGAUAUAAAUAAAAGGGAAGCUGAAUGCGAGAAGUAUGAAAACAGCUUAAUAGAAGACAUACAAUGGCUUGAGGAUGAUGUCAAAGGUAAAACUGAAGAGAUAUAUCAAAAAGAACAACAACUAAUUCUGAGCAUCCCUCUCAUAGAAGUAAGACAGAAAGAGUUGGAAGAAAAGCAUGAAAAAUAUGAAGACUUGAAAAAAGUAGUCUCAGAACUAAAAGAUGAAGAGACAAGACUGACAAAAUCCAUUGAUCGGUCAGUCAGGAUGAUUAGUAAACUCAAGAAGAUCAUGGCUGAGCUGAAGAAUGAAUUAAGAAUAAAGCGUGACUUGGCAUUUGACCAGUUGAAAGAGCAUACAGAAGUUCUGAAGUUGCUAGAGAGGGACAUCUAUGAGGUCGACAGGAAGCUCGACAUUGUGAAGACAGAAAACUGCAGACUGAAAUUAUGCAAUGCACAGAUGAAAGCAGAUAUUUUGACAAUGAGCCAUGAAGCCGAAAACCACAAAUCAACAACAGUAAAAAUUCUGAGUGAUCUGACAGUCCUUCAUCAGCUUUUUCUGAAGGGAUGGUCAGAGGACAGCAGCAUGCAAAAGGAAUUUGUGGCGAAUGAGAAGGAAAUCAUGGCUGCAAUAGCAGAUCUUGUAAUGAAACUUCAUCAGAGAGAGAAAAAGAUUGAUUUUAUUAACAAAGGGCUUCAAAAUAACUUUGAUGGACUGGAUUCUUUGUUAGAAAGUAAAUCCAGCACACAACCCAGUAAGAUACACCAAUCCCUUUUCUUUUACUUCGUAUCCUGAUGGAAUUAUGGUGAAUUUGUUCAUUAGGAAUAAACAGUGAUAACACUUCAGAAGUAAGCUCCAUGGAGCUACGUCAGUUUCCACCAGCGAGGAUCUGGACUUACAUUCACAGUGGAAAAGCUAUUGUGUUCAUUGGGAAGAGUAUGCAUAUUUUAUUGCACAGCCUGGGUGAUGAUGAUACAUUUAAUUUCCUGUUCCUAAAGGCUAAUUCAGUAAGGAAGCUGUGGAAAAUAUUUAGAGCUUCACUGUUCUCUUCAGAAACACAUUUUAGCUUUUCCGCAAUGGACGUGUGAAGGCUAACAAGUCAGAGCUGCUGCCUGGCCUGGCGCUGUAUGAUUAGCAUUAUGGCACUAUGUUUCUGAAGGAUAGAAUAUUGGAGUAAAAAGGAAAAGGAGACGGUAAUUCCAAGUGAGCGGGUGACAGAAGCCAGACACUUUACCAGAAAACCACAG